AUGCUGUCUAAUCCAACCAACAACCUUCAAAAUCGACAUCGACAACACAGACGACAAAUUUCGACACCAACCGCAUUCGAUGCAGUGAAGGCAAAUAACCUGCCACCAGUCCAGAGACAUGCCCACCGUCGUGGAAUAAGUCUGGACACACGACCACGACCAAUACAACAGCAGGAACAAAUGCAUAUUUUGCGAGAGACGCAGCAGCAGAGACUGGUUCGCCCGGGCCAGCAGCCAUUUUCAAUAUACGACAAUGACGAGAAUCAAUUUGUUUCACCACUCGUCACCCCACACAGACAAUCGUUCGAUUCCGGAUGCUCAAAUCCAUAUGAUGUGCAAGGACAUCAACAAUCAUAUUCAUAUUCCGGUCCAAUGAACCCGAUAAUACCAGUCGACCCAAACUUCAAUGGGGGCAAUGACUUUGAUUUCUUCACUGCGAACACAGCAAUGACACCAACUUUCAUGGAAUUCUUCAACGACUCAAGUGUCAAUUCACAGCCAAGUUCUGCAAAUCACAGCAGAAGAUCAUCGAGACGGAUUAGUGGUGUGAUCUUGGAUAGAGUUGCUCAAUUCGAGAACCUAGCUUUGAAAUCACCGCAAAGACCUAUUACACCUCCAGAUGUAAACUCUACCAAUUACUUUCCUUCAGCUUCCCUAGAUAGCCCAUUCAACCGGACAAUCAAGCAGGAGCACAUCCCACAAAGAUUUCGUGAAGACUACGAUACAUCUAUGGAAGAGACGAUUAAGCCUAAAAGUAAUCAGAGAGCUAAGAAUGUUUUCGACGAUAUGAGACGAGAAGCUGAGAUGAAAGCCGUACCGACCCCACCUGGAUCUGGACCCGUACCCACUGCCAGCACAUUUGACUCCGCACCAAUGCCAACAUCGAAUUUCAUGAAUAUGUCAACUAUCAACCUCGAUUUUAUGAAGAAUGAUCCACAAUUUCACGCGGCCCAAUACUCACCGACUUCUUCUAAUGUAUCACGAGAUCUAUCAUAUCCCUCAUCUCCAGAACAAUCUCGCGCAAAUGUUUUCAGAGAUCCUUUCACGAACAGACCAAUCUUAGAAGCACCAGACGUAUCACCUUAUCCCUUGUCAAUUCAUUCCCACGGUCUUCCAGCUUCAGAGCCAGCUUGUAGUUCUCCUGCGCAGUCUUGCCGACGAUCCGAAUCAGUGUCAAGUAUCAAUCUCGAAGAGUCAAUUACCGAUACUGGAAUCACCAUUGAUGACAUUGCUACCUACAUCCAAGCACCGGAACCUGGUGAUACGAAAUGGCUUUGCUUGUAUCCAGAAUGUGGUAAACGAUUUGGCCGAAAGGAAAACAUCAAGUCACAUGUUCAGACCCAUCUUGGCGAUAGACAAUUCCAAUGUCCACACUGCCACAAAUGCUUUGUACGCCAGCACGAUCUCAAACGGCAUGCAAAGAUUCAUAGUGGUGUAAAACCUUACCCGUGUCAGUGUGGAAACAGCUUUGCAAGACACGAUGCCUUGACUCGCCACAGACAGCGCGGGAUGUGCAUUGGCGCUUUUGAAGGCGUGGUCAAGAAGACAGUCAAGAGAGGCAGACCAAGAAAGACUCGACCUGACGAUGAUGACCGAGUCGAAAAGUCAUCACGAACUCGAAGCAAGAACAAGACAAGUCCCUCAGAAACAUCAUCAUCAGAAUACUCGGAAAGUGCAUGCGCCCAAUCGCCUCGCAGUGAUCUGGAUGUACUUGAUGAUAAACCUUUUGGAGAGUAUGGAUAUUCCCAAAGCUCCCUCGCCACACACGACAGUUAUCAAUACGCUAGAGAAAGGUCUUCGUCAGUUGCCGCAUCAAUCUCUUCAAUCUCUUCAAUGACAUCAAUUGCAGAAUGUGUAGAACCGAACGCAAUACGAGUACAAUCAACACACACCCCAUCGGUAUUCCGCCCACAUUCCAACUUCUCUGAGCAUCUUCCAUCAAAUCCUGGAUCACCCACCAAAUCUGCGCAAAGCAACUACUCCCCACCUGCUUUAUGCGCGUCGUCUUCUUCUCCCACAGCUAGUGCCAUCUACUAUGAUCUAAAUUCUGUCUCAAAUACCGGUGAACUUAGUAAUCUGCCAAAUAUCACAGAACAGGAUGACAUGUUUUUGGAAGCUUUUGCUGUCGCAGGGAGUACUAGUAUUACACAGCUUGAGCGUGAACCGGAUCUUCUGAUAGGUAAAUUCGACAGUAUGUUCGGUGUUACAACUGAUAAUUCUGGAUUGUUCAGAAAUGAAGAGGAUGUAUUCUUUGGCAGCCCAUGA